AUGGCCAAGAAAAAACCAAGAGGGCGGAAGUCCAGGAAUGUUUCCCAUAUAACGAACCAAAGAAACUGUAAGACUAAAAACAAAGCAAAACCAGUUGCCACUAAUCUUAAGAAGACUCAACAACAACAAAAACAAAGCGAACCAGUUAAUGUUGAUGAAACGACAAGAUUAAUGACUCAAGUGAAAUAUGAAAAGCAUAAGCUCUAUUAA